AAAUGUGUAUUGUUUUGCAAAUAUGGAUCUCAUGAGUGUUGCCAAUGAACCAGCAAAAGAGCUGCUGGGUGCACAAACUCAUGUAUGGAAUCAUACUUUCUCUUAUCUAACCCCUAUGGCUUUAAAGUGUGCACUUCAACUAGGCAUUCCAGAUGGCAUUCGAAAUCAUGGAAAGCCUAUGACUCUUGGGGAGCUAGCUAUUUCAUUGUGUCUCCAUCCAAGCAAGGCUCAUUCUCUAGGUAGGUUAAUGCGCCUUCUUGUUCAUUCCAACUUUUUUUCCAAGCAAGAAUUAUCGAGUGGUGAAGAAGCCUUUGAUCUCACCAUAAACUCCCAACUUCUGUUUAAGGAUCACCCUCUCACCCUAGCUCCUUUUGUGCUUAUGGAACUUGAUCCAAUCUUGGUUGAAUCGUCUUAUAACUUUGCUACUUGGUUUCAAAGUGAUGAUGAUACUCCUUUUCAUAUUGCUCAUAAAAAGAGUAUAUGGGAAUAUGCCUCUAGUGUACCGGAGUUCAACAAGCUUUUCAACAACGCUAUGUCAAGUGAUACUCAAUUUGUUGUGAGCUUGUUGAUGUCUGAUAUUGAGUUCAAGGGAUUACUCGAGAGGGUAGAAUAGUUAGUUGAUGUUGGUGGCAGCAAUGGAACAAUGGCUAAGGCCAUUGCUAAGCUUUUCCCUGAGUUAAGGUGCACUGUGUUUGAUCUCCCACAUGUAGUUCAGGGAUUCACAGGGUAUGGCAGCAACUUAAUGUAUGUUGGAGGUGAUAUGUUUGAGGCUGUUCCUCCUGCUCAAGUUGUCUUACUCAAGUGGAUAUUGCAUACUUGGAGUGAUGAAGAUUGCAUAAAAAUACUCGAGCGAUGCAAAGAGGCAAUUCCUAGCAAAGAUGGAGGAGGCAAGAUAAUUAUCAUUGAUAUGGUGGUGGAGAAUGCUAAUAACAUACCUAAUUACUUGAAUUCCCAGUUGGUGUUUGACAUGCUGAUGAUGAAUGCUACCACUGGGGGUAAGGAAAGAAAUGAAGAGGAAUGGAAAAAGCUUUUUAUCAGUGCUGGUUUGAAUGACUAUAAGAUCUAUCCUAUAUUAGAGUCAAGGUCCAUCAUUGAGGUCUAUCCCUUGUAAGUUUUUAAACGCAGGUGUUAACCUUAAAAUUGUAAUAUUCAUACUUUUUUCAUUUCAAAGUGAAAGAUAUUAUACAAUAUAAAAUCAUACUUACGACGAUAAUGUAUCUAAAGUUAUAAACUUUUUUUUCUUUCUAGUUUAAUCAUAAAUAAUAAUGAAUAAGGUCUUUUUUUUUUUGAUGGGAUGAACAAGGUACUUAAAUAAACUGAAUUAAAUCUAGCGUUAUACUUUCUUCAUUUUUCGCUCCUAUUCAAUGCACUAUAUACAAUUAUACAUGCUUUUGUUGGUGGAUUUUCGUAAUGCCUUCAAUCUAGUUGAUCGUGCGGUCAUGUUACGUGAGGUCCGUCGUCGUUGUCCGGGUAUUUCGCGGUGGGUUGAAUUCUGCUACUCUAAUCCAGCUAGAUUGUAUUAUGGGGACCACACCUUAUGGUCGUCUCAGGGGGUGCAGCAGGGUGAUCCCCUUGGUCCUCUGCUUUUUGCUUUGGUUUUACAACCCUUGGUGUGUAAAAUCAAAGAUACUUUUGAUGUAUGUCUUCAGGCUUGGU